UUUAUAUCAAAUAAAUAUUUCCGGUUCUAUAUAUAUACACAAGUAAAUAUUAGAAACGAAUCAGUGAGCAUAAAACAACUAUAUUAGUAAACAAUUAAAGCGCUAAUAUGGAAGAUGUGAUGCUUUUUGGAAUGGUGAUAAGUCCAUUUGUGACCAGGGUGGAGAUUGCGUUAAAAUUGAAGGGAAUUGAAUACAAAUAUGUGGAAGAAAAGGCUGGUAACUUGAGUGAGAAAGCCAUCAAAUACAACCCUGUUUAUAAGAAAGUUCCUAUAUUUGUUCAUAAUGAAAAGCACAUAUCAGAGUCUAUUGUGAUUCUUGAGUACAUUGAUGAAACUUGGAAACAAAACCCGAUACUGCCUUCUGAUCCUUACGAAAAAGCCUUAGCUCGUUUCUGGUCAAAGUUCAUAGUUGACAAGCUUAUGAAUGCUGCAAGGAAAGCUAUUUUCUAUCAUGAUGAGAAAGAGCUUGAGCAAGGUAUUGAGGAAACAACGGUUGCUCUUCAGCUUCUUGAGAAUGAGCUAAAGGACAAGUUCUUUGGUGGAGAUGAGAUUGGAAUUGUUGACAUUAGUGCUGUCAUCAUAGCUUAUUGGCUCCCUAUUAUACAAGAAGCAUUUGGAUUGAAGUUGUUUACUAGUGAGAAAUUUCCCAAGCUUUAUAAUUGGAGCCAAGACUUCAACAGUCACUCAAUUGUUAAGGAAUUAUUGCCUCCUAGGGAAACCCUUAUGACCAAUUACAAAGGUGUUUAUGAAAGGCACGUUGCUUCAAAAUAGAUCUAUUGAAGGAGAAAUAUCUAAACUCAUCGUUUGUAAUUUUAAUUUCUAUUUGAAAUUUAGUUGAUCAAAACCUAGAAUAUUUUCUUGUUUAAAAUAUUUCAGAAUUUUUCUUGGUGUCAUAGGAAUCGUAUUUACACUCAUGUUUCUCCUUUAAUAAUUUGUGUUGAUAUUAAUGGCAAAAUUAUAUUUUAUGAUUGAAAUUGUU